CCUUCUCCCCGAAGCAAAUAACGAAACUGCAAAUUCAAAUCUUCGCACGCAAUUUUCAAUUUCCAUUUGUCAAUUUCAAACACUACCCAACAGGCAACAGACCCUUUUUGUUCUUUUCCCAGAAUCGCCCACCAUUCAGAACCCAAGUUACAGCCACCGGAGCUGUGAAUUUACAUGUUUGCAAGACGUCGGCUCCGUUGAGUUCAUCGGAGGAAACCCAGAAUUGUUCGGACGAUUAUAACUAGAUGGAGCUGCAAAGGUUGCUGCUUUUAGGGUUUCUGUUCUUAUAUGUGGUGCAGGUGGCUGUUGCGAAAUUUGUUGUGGAGAAGAACAGUUUGACGGUGACGUCACCGGAGAAGAUCAAGGGGAACCACGAUAGUGCCAUUGGCAACUUCGGGAUACCUCAGUAUGGGGGUAGCAUGGCUGGUGCCGUGGUGUAUCCCAAAGACAACCGGAAAGGCUGCAUGGAAUUUGAUAGAUUUGGGAUUUCGUUUCAGUCCAAGCCUGGAUCUCUGCCUACUUUCGUUUUACUCGAUCGUGGAGAUUGCUUCUUUGCUUUGAAGGUCUGGAAUGCACAGAAGGCUGGUGCUUCAGCAGUGCUUGUUGCUGAUGACGUUGAGGAAGCUCUAAUAACCAUGGACACACCUGAGGAGGAUAGUGCGGCUCCAAAGUACAUUGAGAAUAUAACAAUUCCAUCUGCACUUAUUGAAAAAAGUUUUGGUGAAACACUAAAGAAAGCAAUUAACGGUGAAGAUAUGGUCAAUAUAAACCUUGAUUGGAGAGAGGCUGUUCCUCACCCUGAUGAUCGUGUGGAAUAUGAGUUAUGGACCAACAGCAAUGAUGAGUGUGGAGUUAAGUGUGACAUGUUAAUGGAAUUUGUGAAAGAUUUCAAGGGUCCUGCACAGAUACUGGAGAAAGGUGGUUAUACUCAGUUCACACCCCAUUAUAUUACUUGGUAUUGUCCUCAGGCUUUCACCCUGACCAGGCAAUGUAAAUCCCAAUGUAUUAACCAUGGAAGAUAUUGUGCUCCUGAUCCAGAGCAGGAUUUCAGCUCUGGUUAUAAUGGGAAAGAUGUAGUUAUUGAAAACUUAAGGCAGCUAUGUGUUUUCAGAGUAGCAAAUGAGAGCAAAAAACCUUGGGUAUGGUGGGACUAUGUGACAGAUUUUCAAAUAAGAUGUCCUAUGAAGGAGAAAAAAUAUAACAAGGAAUGUGCUGAUGCUGUUAUCAGAUCUCUUGGGUUGGAUGGUCAAAAGAUUGAGAAUUGUAUGGGCGACCCUAAUGCUGAUGUUGAUAAUCCUGUUCUCAAAGAAGAACAAGAUGCCCAAAUUGGGAAAGGAUCGAGGGGUGAUGUAACCAUAUUGCCUACACUUGUUGUUAAUAACCGACAAUAUCGAGGGAAGUUGGCCAAAGGGGCUGUUCUGAAGGCCAUCUGUUCUGGUUUUGAGGAGACUACUGAACCAGCUGUCUGUUUAAGUGGUGAUGUGGAAACAAACGAGUGCUUGGAUAAUAAUGGUGGUUGUUGGCAAGAUAAAGUAGCCAACAUAACAGCCUGCAAGGAUACCUUUCGAGGGAGGGUCUGUGAAUGCCCAUUGGUUGAUGGUGUACAAUUUAAAGGAGAUGGUUACAGCCAUUGUGAAGCAAGCGGGCCUGGAAAGUGCAACAUAAACAAUGGUGGCUGUUGGCAUGAUGCCCAAAAUGGACAUGCAUAUUCAGCAUGUUUGGAUAGUGAAGGUGGUAAAUGCCAGUGUCCUUCAGGGUUUAGAGGAGAUGGUGUCAAAAGUUGUCUAGAUAUUGAUGAAUGCAAAGAAAAGAAAGCCUGCCAGUGCCCUGAAUGUAGCUGCAAAAAUACCUGGGGAAGCUAUGACUGUACCUGCAAUGGGGACCUUUUGUAUAUUAGGGACCAUGACACAUGCAUAAGUAAGAGUGCUACUGAAGUAGGAUCGGCCUGGACUGCUGUUUGGGUGAUUAUAAUAGGUCUGGCUAUUGCCGCUGCUGGGGCCUAUGUUGUUUACAAAUAUAGAUUAAGGUCAUACAUGGAUUCAGAGAUCAGAGCAAUAAUGUCACAGUACAUGCCUUUGGAUAGUCAAGCAGAAGUUCCGAAUCAUGUCAGCGGAGAUCACGCUUGAUCGAAGGACAGAAAAUGACCUGAUCAUCAGUAUUUUAAAGGAUUUGAGGUCAUGUAGGGUUUGAUGUUAUUUAUGUUUUUUUGCCUUUAUUUGAUUGGAUUUUGGGCUCUAUAUCUUAAUUGAUAUGUAUAUCGAGCAAUAAAGAAAGAAAAAUCAGGAAUAGUUCUUUGUUUAUUAGAACUGUAAAAUGCCGAAUGAGUUCAGCUUCAUGGUUGAGUUGGGGCCAGAUCAUAAUUCAUAAAGCAUCCUAAUUUGCUGCAGCAGCAGCAGCAUCUAGGAUCUUUGAUGGCACCUUGAGAAAUAUUGUCAGAUUAUUUAUUCUGGGAAUUCUGUUGACUGAU